AUGGCUCGGAAUCAGAAGAAAGUUCGUCGCGCUGCACGUAAGGAUACUGCGACGCGCGAGUACACAAUUAAUCUACAUAGACGUAUUCAUGGCGUUGGUUUUAAAAGGCGGGCUCCCCGUGCCAUUAAGGAGGUCCGCAAGUUCGCCAAAAAAAUGAUGGGUACUGAAGAUGUUCGAGUUAAUGUUAGACUAAACGAAUUCCUGUGGUCUAAGGGCGUGCGGAAUGUUCCCUACCGAGUUCGUGUUAAAUUGUCAAGAAAACGUAACGAGGAUGAGGACAGCCCUCACAAAUUUUACACCCUUGUAUCCUACGUCCCUUGUACUGAUUUCAAGGGUAAACAGAACAUAAACGUUGAGCCUGAGAAGUGA